GAACAGUUCCACAAGUGCAAAUGCGAUUUCUCCCGACAAUGAAACUCACCCAUUCAUCCCUCCUCCUCGCAUUUAUCACCUCACCCAUAGCUGUCCUCUCCCUCAACCCAAUCAUCGGCAUAUCCCAAUGCAAAACCGGCAUCCUCUGCUGUCAAGCAAUGGGAGCAACCACCCCAGGAUCACCCAUUAGUCAAAUCGUACCCAUCGGUCCUCAAGGUCCGCCUUUGGUCGGUGUAGCAUGUACGCCGUUCGGCACGUUAACAGCGGCGAAUGCAUGUGAGGGAAUCGUGGCUUGUUGUCCGUCGGGUGUCGUCCUCCCGACGAAUCCUGGAUCUAUCGUAGGACCUAUCACCGGAUUGACAGGAUGCGAUAUUGUCGAUAUCAUGAAGCCGUAAGCUUCGGGUACUAGACCUUGAAUGAGGAAGCUGUCUUCUAUGGAUGCGCAACCUAGUGUACAAUGCAAU